GUGUUACGGUUGUUUUCAAGUGCAUGACCUAUGUGCAGGGUGUACUACCUGAAACGACUGUUGUUUAUGAUGGUGUCGGCAUUAUAGAUCUUUCGUGCAUUAUUAGCUCUGACACUUGUGAAAUAAAAUAAGUUUGAUCGACAGACAUGGCUUAAAUUUAUAUUAAUAUUGACAGUUACACAAGUUAAUAACGAUAGUCUAAAUUGAGAUGACACAGCCAGGAGUUGCACAGCAUCCAGAUGAGUUUCUCAUGGAACAGCCCAGAGUUCUACAGCUGCCAGAUGAGUCUCUGAUCUCCAUUAUGAGAUACUUGCACUACAAAGACAUUAUCAGUGUAUCACAUCUAUGCCAUCGCUUUCAUGAGCUGUGCAUGGAUGAUUCAUUGUGGAAAUGGCAAUGCCAGCACUACUUCAUGGAAGACAGUUGCCCCGAUGGUCUAUCCUGGAGGGAACACUUUGUCAACUGGUUCCGUGACUUUGGCAAGUACAAGAACUACGUGGCCAUCAAGACAGCCUGGAACCAGAUCGAGGCAUUUCUGAAGGAGAACUGUAGCAGGCUUCACCAUUGCCUUAAUGUUGGACUGUCUGAAGAGGACAUUGACAAAGAAGAAGAGCGGUUUACGUUUCAAUUACCAGAAGAUUUUCGGUUAUCAUACCGCAUUCACAAUGGUCAGGAUCACACUCGUCUUGGUAGAGGGUUGCUUGGAUCUGUCACCAUUCACACGCUGUUGGAAACAGAGUUUCUCCUCCCACUUCAGCAUUGCGGUGAAUUCAUCAAGGGCAGCCUGCGGUUCUCUGUGAACACUACUGGUGAGCGGUCUGGCCAGGCAAUAGCUUGUACCAACUACCAGCAGCUGAAGAGAGGAACAGUGUUCUAUGUGCAAGACGGACUUUACUCUUAUGAAGAACAAAGGCAGAUGUCUAUACCUUAUUAUGAAAUGGAUGUCUCAUUCAAAGACUGGCUGUGCAGCUAUGCAGAGGAACUGACACAGAAGCAAUACUUUCUACAAGAUGAACACAUCUUUAGGUUCUGCCAUGAGCCCAGCAGUGUAGUCACCUCUCACGGUAUAACAGUUAAGCCUACCAGCAUGUUCGUACCUGCCCUGUCCAGACCCAAUACAAACUUCUUCAUCUACAGAAUUAUAAUGGAGAUGGCCCCUGAUGUCCCCAGCAGCCUGUCAUGUCGCCUGGUGACCCGUCACUGGGUCAUCACCAAUGGAGACGGCAGCACAGAGACAGUCAACGGCGAGGGGGUUGUAGGGGAGUUUCCUGUCAUGAAGCCAGGCUCCAAGUAUUUCUGGAUCAGCUGCACAACAUUUAAUACGCUUCAUGGAACUAUGCACGGACACUUCAUGUUCAGGAACCUCACAACAGGUGAAGCCAUGCGUGUAGAGUGCCCCCCAUUCCACAUGACAGCAAUGCAAUUGAAGGAGUUAACAGUGACUGCCUCUGACAUGGACACCUUGCUGCAACAGGGAGACCACAGCCCUGCCUAUCACCUCCACUCUGCUGACAUGGGUGAGGGGGACUCGGUCUCUGAUGAGGACAGCUGAGGUAACUGCCGCCUUCUGCGUGUUUCUCCAACCUGCCCAGUGUACUGGUGGUCCCUACAACACUGCAGCACUCCUGGCAGCAAUUAGUAGCGCGGCCUUUCUAUGAACAAUAUUGCUUAUAAUUGCUCAAAUGUGCUUGCAUGAGACUACAUGUAUAGUUACAGCAGAUAUUUAUUCCCCUCCCCCAAUACAUAGUAAAGGGGGAAUGCAGGCAUUGCUUUGGAUGUCUGUCUGUCCAUACAUCUGUCUGUGAGUCAGUCUGUCUUAAAACCAAAUCUUGUCCAGAGGCUUUCUCCAACAAUUUUCAACGUACAACAUUCAGUAUUGGUUCUAGUGAUAUAAAAUUGUGCAUGUGCGAUUUUUGUUUUCAUUCUAGGUUAAAAAUAAAAUAAAUUAUGCCCCAUGCGCAACUUAGACAUUCUAUUACAACAUGCCCUAUGUUUAUUUUUAUACUAAGUAUUUAAAUUUAAAUAUUAAAAGAAAGAAAAGAGUUGUCAAUUUGAAACUAAUCUAUAUUUUUCCCAGAUUGUUUUGUUAUUGCCCUUUGUUAAUGUUUAUGUCCCCCCCCAGUCUAUACUGGGAGUACAUAUUGUUUUUGCCCUGUCUGUUGGUUUGUUUGCGUCAAACUUUAACAUUUGCGAUAACUUUUGCAAUAUUGAAGAUAGCAACUUCAUAUUUGGCAUGCAUGUGUAUCUCGUGGAGCUGCACAUUUUCAGUGGUGAAAGGUCAAGGUCAUCCUUCAAGGUCAAAGGUCAAAUAUAUGGGUCAAAAUCGUCAAACUUUAACAUUUGCCAUAACUUUUGCAAUAUUGAAGAUAGCAACUUCAUAUUUGGUAUGCAUGUGUAUCUCAUGGAGCUUCACAUAGUGUUUCACAAACACAUCUUGUUGUAUUUAGUUUUAGAUUUACAUCUCUAAAACUAUAUAAGGUAUCAAUCUGAAACUAAAUAAGUAUGUAAAUCUCAUUCAGGGGAUAACAAGUUCACACAAGCCAUAACUCUUGCUUCAAUACUUUAAGAGUUGUUGCCCUUCAUUAGUCUUAAGCUUUCUAUUCACCAAAACAUCCGAACUAUACAACUCCACCAAAUGUUGGUGUCGGUGUAAUGCUCUGGUGAAAGUAAACAUGCAACAUCUCAAUUUCACUGCCUCCAUUAACAAGUAUUUAGUUGCAAUGUCACUCAUUGGCAUUAGGUAAUUGUGUGAGAUCAUUGGCCAUGUUCUAGAUCUCUGACCUGCAAUUAAGCCGGCAAUUUUUGUGUUGAAAGGCAGCAUAAAUGCAGACCUAGGAGGGGUGGGCAUUGCAUUUGGGGCUGGUUGGGUAAAGGUCAUUGUUACUAAAAGAUUAUUUAUUAUGUUAAUGGUCAAGAGCACAUCUUAACUAUAAUAUGAGGUAAAGGAGUCCCGUCGCUAAGGCUUAACUGCUCAUGUCCUCCUAUAAAGUGGCUUGCAGGUGGUAUAUCAGGUACCACAGUGCACUUGUUGCAGGUGGUAUAUCAGGUAAACAGUGCACUUCUUGCAGGGGGUAUAUCAGGUACCACAGUUCAGGUGGUAUAUCAGGUACCACAGUGCACUUCUUGCAGGUGAUAUAUCAGGUACCACAGUGCACUUCUUGCAGGUGGUAUAUCAGGUACCACAGUGCACUUCUUGCAGGUGAUAUAUCAGGUACCACAGUGCACUUCUUGCAGGUGGUAUAUCAGGUACCACAGUGCACUUCUUGCAGGUGGUAUAUCAGGUACCACAGUGCACUUCUUGCAGGUGGUAUAUCAGGUACCACAGUGCACUUCUUGUUGCAGGUGGUAUAUCAGGUACCACCGUGCACUUCUUGCAGGUGGUAUAUCAGGUACCACAGUGCACUUCUUGCAGGUGGUAUAUCAGGUACCACAGUGCACUUCUUGCAGGUGGGUUAUCAGGUACCACAGUGCACUUCUUGCAGGUGGUAUAUCAGGUACCACAGUGCACUUCUUGUUCAUUGCAGGUGGUAUAUCAGGUACCACAGUGCACUUCUUGCAGGUGGUAUAUCAGGUACCACAGUGGACUUCUUGCAGGUGGUAUAUCAGGUACCACAGUGCACUUCUUGUGGCUUGCAGAUGGUAUAUCAGGUACCACAGUGCAGGUGGUAUAUCAGGUACCACAGUGCACUUCUUGUUCAUUCUGUUCAGCUCAUGUUACAUCACCCACAUGUUUAAACAGCCAGGGAAUGAAGACAGUUGCUGAAAAUGGUGUUAACGUAUACCUUCAUCCCUGCUUACUUGAUAUUGUGCCUUCUCUUUACUGAACAUUCAGCUCAAUUAGUAAAAUUAUUGCACACUUUUACAGAUAUGUUUACAUAUUUUCUUUUCCAAUAUUUGUUAUUUGACUGGGCUUCGUUUAACUGCUUCCCAUAGUGCACACCUUCAGAGUGCCGUGGAUUUAAAUUUAUGUUUCUCAUAGUAUUAUUUUUUCUUCAUUUUAUCAGAAAUAGAUUUACAAAAUAUAAUCAAUGUUAAUAUAUCCGAUGUUUUCUAUUAUUGUUGUAUUGACAUGGCCUCCCCACCUGUGUAUGACCAGGGAGCCUCAUUAUCACAUGUUAAGAAACACAGUUUUGGCCAGACUUAUGAGUUACGUAUCUCUUCGUUGGUGAAGAUAUUAUUUAUUAACAUAAUGUACAUUAAUUAUAUAAGUCAUGUGUUUUGCCUUCUGUGUGUUUCUUCUCUACUGAAUGUCUGCCAUUAUUUGGAAUGUUUUUGUCUCUUAUAGUUACUAUAAAAACAUGUUAUGUAGUUCAUUGGUGACUAAGAGAAGCAGAUUGGAAAAAGGGUAUGGAAUUGAUUAUUUGCCAAUGGCCUGAUUUGGCUAUAGAGAAACCUUGUUAACACUCUAGAAGUCACAAUUUUGGCCCAAUCAUCAUGAAAGUUGGUCAAAACAUUGGUUUUAUUGAUAUCUCUGACAAGUUCGAUAAUGGUCCAGAUGGGUGAAAAAACAUGGCCGCCAGUGGGCGGGGCAUUUUUCUCUAUAUGUAUAUAGUGAAAACAUGUGAACACUCUAGAAGUCACAUUUUUGGUCCAAUCUUAAUGAAAUUUGGUCAGAACUUUUGUUUCCUAGAUACCUGAGUUAAGUUCGAAAAUGGUUCCAGUCCGUUGAAUAACAUGGCUGGUGGGGGGGGGCAGUUUUCUUAUAUUUAUUUAGUAAAAAAAGCUUGUGAACACUCUAGAAGUCACAUUAUUUGCCCAAUCAUCAUGAAACUUGGUGAAAAGAUUGGUUUUAUAUAUAUAUCUCAGAUGAGUUCGCAAAUGGUCCCGAUCGGUCAAAAAACAUGGCUGCUAGGGGGGUGGGGCAGUUUUCCUUAUGUGACUAGAGAGAAACCUUGUGAUCGAACACUAUAGAAGUCACAUUUUUUGCCUAAUCAUCGUGAAACUUAGUCAAUACAUUGGUUUUAUUGAUUUCUCGGACAAGUCGGAAAAUGGCUCAGAUCAAUGAAACACACUUUUUUACUCACCUGAUUGCUCAGGUGAGGUUUUAUGACUGGUCUUUGUCCGCCGUCCAUCCAUCCGUCCACAUUUGGUUUGUAAACACUCUAGCAUUCACAUUUCUCAAGGAUUCUUUAUCAAAGUUGCUGAAAGAUCUCAGUCAAGUUUGAUAAUGAGCAAAAUCACAUACUUAAUGCCAUAAUUAUUGCCCUUAGAUUGUCCAAAUUUUCAUUAUAUUAUAUAAAAUCCUUGUAAACACUCUAGAGGUCACAAUUUUCUUUCAGAUUUUAUGAAUCUUGGUCAUAAUAUUUAUUUUUGUAAGCAAAGUUUGAUGUUUGGUUAGGGGGGGGUCAACUGAAAUAUAGGUAACCAGAUCAAAUCUUACAAAAACAAAAACACUCCAUGCGCCGGAGUUUUGGUUCAAUAAUGAUGAAAUUUGACCAGGAUGUUUGUCUCGACAAUAUCUAGGUAAAGUUUGACAUUUGGUAAAGAUUGAAUGAACUGACUCCUCUCAGGUGAGCGAACUAGGGCCAUCUUGGCCCUCUUGUUUGUAUAUGUAUAUUUUUUUUGGUAAUAUUAGUUGCAUGUGUGUUGAAUUCAACUACCGGUAAUUGAUAUUAAAAUCUAAAUAAAUCCGAUUCAAGCCAUAGAUAAAUUGUUUUAACACAAGAUAUUGCUCUGUGAAGCAUGUGUCACUGAUGAUCAAACAUGCAUCGAAGUUCAUGUUAUAUAACAUUCAUGAUUUGUUCAUUAAUUGCUAUGGAAAGAAUGUAUGGUAUGGAUUGUUAAUGAUAUUAAAUAAAAGUAUGCAUAUC